AUGUCUAACGAAAGAGAAAAACGAGCCAGACUAAGCCAUGCAUGUGAUCGAUGCAGAAAAAGACACGUUAAAUGCGAUGGAGAUUACCCAAUCUGUGGUAACUGUAAAUCUGUUAACGGUGAAUGUAGUUAUAGCCAUCCUGGAAGUAAACGUGGAUAUGUCGAAACAAUUGAUGACAGGUUGAAUAAGAUUGAGCAAGUGUUGUCAAAGUAUCUUGAGGGGGUAGAUACUCAACAACAAUAUAGUAAAUCUUCUGUAACAAAAGACAUUAACAAUGAUCCUGAAUUAGAUGUACAUGAUAUCGUUAACAUGGCAAAAUCUUUAAAAAUAAAAGAAAGUUCUGAAACUGCACAGGUAUUAUCUGAUUCAAUGUCCCCGUCGAUAUUGAAAUUAAAUACUAGAUACGUUACUCCAAAGAAAAAAGAGGUAUCAGAUGUCACAUUUAAUUCAAACCUUUCGCCUAAAGGUUCUAUGGAAGAUUUACAAAAUUCCUCAAAGGAAUCCAAGAAAAUUCAAUCUUUGGAACCACCACUUCCAAAAGUGUACAGAGGCUCAAAGGAAUUACCACCAAAAGAUUUAUUUGAUCAUUUGAUACAAACGUAUUUAAGUUAUGGAUAUUCAUCAAGAGGUCCAAUUAUUCAUAAACCUACUUUCAUUAAGCAGUUGAGAGAUAAAAAUAAUCAGCCUUCCUUAUUGCUUUUAAAUGCCAUAUUUGCGGUUGCUAGUAUCUUUUCUGAUGAUACGAGAACUCGAACUGAUCCGGAUGACCCAGGGACGGCCGGUGACAUUUUUUGGACCCGUGCUUUAUCGUUGUUGGAUGAUUUUAUGGACAGGGGACGUCUUUCAACCGUUCAGGCCAUACGGACGAGAGUAUUUUGGGCUGCUAUGAAUGCCGAGGUUUUGGUAUGCGCGUCAUUUGGCAAACCUUUGCCAGUUUAUGAUUAUAAUACUAAAUUUCCAUAUGAGAUUGAUGAUGAUGGAGAUGAAGCUCAAGAUGUGGUGAAUUAUAUGCAUUAUUCCAAAUUAAUGAAAAUUUAUGGAAAUGUAUUACAGUCAAAAUCAUAUUUUUCACAACCAGGCGCAUUAAGGAAUACUUUACCUGCUAUCGAUGCAGCAUUGAGCUCAUGGGUAUUAGCAUUGCCUCCACAUUUACAAUACAACCCCGAUUAUUCUGAUCAAAACUCUAUAUCGGUAUUUUGUUCAUACUUGAAUCAAAUGUACAACACGGUAGUAAUUUCACUGCAUCGACCUUAUAUAGAUUCGGAUGAAUUUCCAAAUUUUAAUUCCCGUGAUAUAUGUAUUAAAGCUGCAAUAAAUAUCACAAAACUUUCAAAUUAUAUACCGGUUGAUUCUCAAGGAAUAUAUCUUACGUUCAGUGCAUCUGCAUAUUGUUUAGUACAAGCAGCGACAAUGCACAUUUUGAAUAUUGGAGAUCCCGAUUAUUCUCAUAUUGGACAAAAAUAUAUGGAACAAACUUUCAAGUCUCUUCGAAAAAUUGCCCAGGGAGUAAGAUUAGGACACGGCCAUUGUGGUGUGGAUGAUGCUAUAAAUAUGUUGGAAUAUCUUUAUCAGGAUUCUGCAGAUGGUGAUUCUAUUAGGUCGGCUUCACUUUCCAUUAUAAAAACUGAAAAAUCUCCCAUGUUAUUGGAUCGAACACAACAACAACAACCGUCUUCGACUUCAUUAUCCUUAGGACCACGUAAACCUUUAAGUGUCGAACAUCUUCAGUAUCAGCGACAACAGACCCAUCAAAACAUGCAGGCACACGCUAGACCACCGGUUGUUCCAUCUUCUGGUUACUAUAAUACCAAUAACUUCAAUCCCAAUAUGAUGGAAUUCACACAAAAUAGUCAAAUUUAUUUGGGAGAAUGGGAUGUGGUCGGAGUUGGGAAUUCACAUCAUCAAAUCCCAACAACUGGUUCGUCCCCUUCUCCCUCUACAAUAAAUCAUAAUCAAACCAGUGCGAAUGUAUCUGUGCUUGGAAAUUCUACAUCUCCGAAUCAUCCAAAUUCUCCUCCGGGUUCUAAUGGAAAUCCCACAUCGAUUCAUCAGGAUCAGUCAUCUAAUUAUUUAUCUUAUCCUAUGAAUGAUGAUCAAAAUACUUCCAACCUUUUUAUAAACGGUAGUCAUGCCAUGAUAAAUGGUAACACUGUUCAGGAUUUGGGAGCUUUGGGACAAAAUAACGUAGAUGGAACAAAUAUUAACGUUAACGAAAAUAACAUUGACAAUAAUAAUUCUCCACAUCAUCAAAUGAUGGUACCACCUCAUCCCCAUCACCCAAUGCUAAUUCAACCGGCAAGUCAUUCUCAAUCAUUUUCAAAUUCCUCAACAUCACAUCAUGUGUGGGUUCAACAGCAGCAAUGGUAA